UCGAAUAAAGUUUCGAUGGUAAUUAAAAAAAUAGGUUAUCAGUGUUACAUCAAUGGGAGUUUGUUACCUUGUUACAGUUGAAGAGAGUAGGCGAUUCUCUUCCCACAUAUAUUUUCUAUCUCUAUAUAUACACAAUUUAGUGUUGUCGAUGAUAACAGAAAGUGAAAGCAAAGAAAAUGAAACUUCUAUUAAUUUUCUUCAUCGCUUUUGUGUUCGUACAAGAUGGAGUGAGUUUAGAUGCAUUCGACAUUGUCGAUAAAUAUUGUGGUAAGUUUCAUUUUCAGUUUUAAUCUUCCUUAUAUAAGAAUCUACAUUUUAACUUAGUAAUAAUGUUUAAAAUGAGUAUGAAAUAUAUAAAUUUACAUUAAAUUACCUGGAAGAUUUUAGUUUUUCUUACCGAACUAAUUAUUUGCAGCAUCAAAAAAUCAGGAUGACAUAAGGAAAUGCAUGACUGAAAAUGGAAAAUCUAAGUUAUUUAAUUACUUCGAUGCAUGCGCUCGUCCUUUGAGAAGACACGUCGGAAGCACUAAAGAAAUGUCUAAAUUCGUCUGUAAGGAAGCUAACGAAAAGGAAAAUUUUAUGUUUCGUUGCUGUUUGGCUUACCGCAUGAGACGUGAUAAAGAUUCUUCUCUCCCUCGAGUGUUCGAGACGUGUUUAAAAAGAGGAGUAUAUUCUCCAAUACAACAAUCUAAACUAUCAUUGCAACAAGGUUACACGUCACAGCCUUUAGCACAACAGUUAAGCUUUCUGUCUCAACAACAAGGAUUCUUGCCUCAAAUUACGGCUCAACAACAGGGGUUUUUGCCUCAAACGUCAACCCAACAACAAAGCUUCUUGCCUCAAACAUCGGGACAACAAAAUUACCAGUCACCAGUAGUGUUCGAUGAAAGCGCAGAAGUGCCUUACGUAUACUAAUCCACUUCCAGACCUACAAAUCCAUCAUAUAUUUAUUUAUUUUUACAUAUUUAUAAAG